UCCCAACAAGAUCGUAAGAUCUGAAAUAAACACUAACGACACAAACAAAAAAAAAAAAAAACAGAGAAGCUCUCUGUCUCUCUCUGUUUCUCCAAUGGCCGCCGCUUCUGCUUCUUCUUCCUCCACCAAAUUCAUCUUCCCACCUUCAAUCUCUCCUUCUCCUGCUUCCCAUCAAUCGAAGCCGAAGCUCCUCUCCUUCCUCUCCGCCGCCGCCGCCGCCGCCUCGCCGAUCUCCUUGAAGCUCUCCCGCUCUCGUUGCGGCCACGCCCGCCGCUCUCCGAUCGUUGCCAAUGCUCUCAAAUCCGCCGAAUCGACGGAGACGUCGUCGGCGGCGUCCUCCAAAUCGAGGAGCGGCGCCGAGCCGGGCGGGGCCGGCCCGGCGGACGGGCCGACGAUCCUGGUCUCCGAGAAGCUGGGAGAGGCGGGGCUGGACGUCCUGCGCGGCUACGGGCGGGUGGAGUGCCUGUACGACCUGUCGCCGGAGGAGCUGUGCGCGAAGAUCUCGGACGUGGACGCGCUGAUCGUGCGGAGCGGGACGAAGGUGACGAGGCAGGUGUUCGAGGCGGCCAAGGGGCGGCUGAAGGUGGUGGGCCGGGCCGGGGUCGGGAUCGACAAUGUGGACCUGCAGGCGGCCACCGAGCACGGGUGCCUGGUCGUCAACGCCCCCACCGCGAACACCGUCGCCGCCGCCGAGCACGGCAUCGCCCUCCUCGCGGCCAUGGCCCGCAAUGUGGCCCAGGCCGAUGCCUCCAUCAAAGCGGGAAAAUGGGAGAGAAGCAAGUAUGUUGGUGUCUCUCUGGUUGGAAAGACGUUAGCUGUCAUGGGAUUCGGUAAAGUGGGAUCAGAAGUUGCGAGGCGCGCAAAGGGUCUAGGAAUGACUGUCAUAGCGCACGAUCCGUAUGCGCCAGCUGACAGAGCCCGAGCCAUGGGUGUGGAAUUGGUAUCUUUUGAUCAAGCCAUUGCUACUGCAGACUUCCUUUCUCUCCACAUGCCUCUCACGCCUACUACUUCCAAGAUUUUCAACGACAACACAUUCUCGAAGAUGAAGAAGGGAGUUCGCAUCGUAAAUGUUGCCAGGGGAGGAGUUAUUGAUGAGGAUGCACUAGUCCGGGCUCUUGAUAGCGGAAUAGUUGCUCAGGCAGCACUUGAUGUCUUCACAAAGGAACCCCCACCAACAGACAGCAAGUUGGUGCAACAUCCUAAUGUUACUGUCACACCUCAUCUGGGAGCAAGCACAAAGGAAGCACAGGAAGGUGUUGCUAUUGAGAUUGCAGAGGCCGUUGUUGGAGCAUUGAAUGGAGAACUUGCUGCAACUGCAGUCAAUGCUCCCAUGGUUCCCCCAGAUGUUCUAACAGAAUUGGCUCCUUAUGUGGUGCUAGCUGAGAAGUUGGGUCGGCUAGUUGUGCAGUUAGUGGCAGGAGGGGGAGGAAUUCAAUCUGUUAGGGUUGUCUAUACAUCGGCUCGUGAUACGGAUGAUCUCGACACGAGACUCCUUCGAGCAAUGAUCACAAAGGGCCUCAUCGAGCCGAUAUCGGCCUCUUACAUCAAUCUGGUCAAUGCAGACUACACGGCCAAGCAAAAGGGCCUCCGAAUAGUUGAGGAGCGGGUGAGAGUGGACGCCUCGCCGGAGUCUCCCGUCGACUCAAUUCAAGUGAAGAUAUCCAAUGUGGAAUCUAAAUUCGCCAGUGCAGUCACCGAGAAUGGAGAGAUCAGCAUCGAGGGGAAAGUGAAGGAUGGGAUCCCUCGGCUUACUUGUGUGGGCUCGUUUGGGGUCGAUGUGAGCUUGGAAGGGAACCUUAUCCUGUGCAGGCAAGUUGACCAGCCGGGCAUGAUCGGCCGAGUAGGGAACAUACUCGGCGAACAUAAUGUCAACGUGAGCUUCAUGAGCGUGGGUCGGACCGUGCGUAGGAAACAUGCUAUUAUGGCAAUUGGUGUGGACGAAGAACCAAGUAAGGAGACCCUCAAGAAAAUCGGAGAAGUCCCGGCCAUUGAAGAAUUUGUCUUCCUGAAUCUAUAAUUCAAAUGAUGCUCUCAUGGUGUUGCGGCCAUUCUCCGAUGAAUAAAGCUACCGUGGCGAUAAGCUCUGUUCCUAUCACUGCAGAAGCGGCGGCGGUAGUUGCGUUACCGUGAUUUCUACAGCAUUUCAUGUGUCCCUCCCUAGUCUUAUCGUUCAUCUUCUAGUUUUUAGCAUUACCGGGUUUGAGAGUGUGCCAUGGUCGUUUGUUGUGCCCUUCUUAUAUAAUAUCCAGUAGAACUGUAUUCAUGUU